GUAACCGGGCCCCACAGCACCCCUUACACCCGGGUACCAGGCCCCACCAACAGCCUCCGUCUACAUCUCCCGGAACCGGCCACCCCCCGCCCCGCUACAUACACCCGUAACCGGGCCCAACCAACCCACCCGUCUACUAUACUACCCAGGUAACACAGGCCACCAAAACAGCCAUCCUCUACUCUACCCGGAAACCAUGGCCACCAAACCAUCCUCUACUUACUCCCCCGGGUAACACUGGCCACCAUACCCACCCUUCUACAAACUACCCGGGUACCAUGGCACCACAGCCAUCCGUCUACUACUACCCUUAACACAUGCACCUUACAGCCUCCGUCUACUAUCUACCCGUUAACCAGGCCACCUACCCUCUACUAAUCCUGUCCCACCCCCCCUAACCUUAAUUCCCUACCUUAACCAUCUAACCUCCUACAUCUACCCCUACCUCUAAACACCCUUACAUCCGAACCCUCAAACUUACUAUCCUCCCCUUUCUAACUUACAUCCAAACCGUCUACUUUCCCCUACUACCACCUCUAACCUUACACCACCUUAAACUUACAAAUCCGGAACCUUACCCCCCUAACCCCUUACUAUUACUACCCCUACCCUCAACCUAGCUAUCCUCCCUACAAACCCCCUACUUCCUACCCUCUCCUACUAUCUACCCUAACCAUCCUACCAAAAUCCUGAAUCCCGCUAACCUACACCUACCCCCCUAACCUAACUCCAACCUCCCCCUCUAACCUUACUAUCUACCCAAACCCUCUAACCUUACUAUCAAAACCGUACCUUCUACCUACCCUCUAACCUUACUAUCCUAAACCCUUACCUUAUCCUCACCAAACCACACCAAACCCUCUAACCCUUACAAUCCACCCCCACCUUAUAUCCUACCCAACCUUACUACCAUCCUCUAACCAAAACUACCUACCCUUACUAUCCACCCUCUAACCUUCCCAUCCUACCCCAAAAACCACAUCCACCCUACCCCCCGCUAUCACCUCUAACUUCAUCCUACCUCUCUAUCCUACCUUUCUCCUUACAUCCACCCCUCUAACUUACUAUCCUAAUACCUACCCUCAAACCUUACUACCUACCCUCAAACCCUUUAAACUAUCCACCCUCUAACCUUACAAAUUACUACCCUCUAACCUUACCUAUCCAAACCUCUACAUCCUACCCUUAACCUUUACUACCACCCCCCUCCCUUACUACCUACCCUCUACCUACUAUCCACCCUCUCCCUUUACUAUCCUACCCUUACUAUCCCUACCCCUUUACCUUACUAUCCUACCCUCUAACCUACUAUCCUACCCCCAAACCUUACUAUCCUAACCCUUAACUACCUACUCCUCCCCAACCUUACUAUCCUACCCCUUAACCUAUUCCAACCUACCCUAUUUCCCCGUAACCUCUAUCACCUACCCUCAACCUACUACCUAACCCUCUAACCUUACUAUCCUAACCCUCUAACCUACUAUCUUAACCCCUAAACCUUACUAUCGACCCUCCUACCACCUUACUAUCCACCCUCAAACUAUCCUAACCCUCAUACCUCCCCUACACCUUAAACCUACCCCUACCCCCCAACCACUAUCCUACCCCCUCAAACCUACAUCCUAUCGUAACCCUACCUACCUAACCUUAAAUCCACCCUUACUAUCCAAACCCUCUAACCUUACAUCCUAAACCCCUCUAACCUACAUCUACCCUCUAACCUUACUUCCUACCUCAAACCUUAACUAUCCUAAAACCCUCCCUAUAACCCCUCCCUCACCUACCUCUAACCUACUACCUAACCACCCUCAAAACCUUUACUAUCUACCCUCAAACCUACUACCUCCUCAAACUUACACCCUACCCUCUAACCUUUUAAACCUACCCUUCCUCUCUACCCUCUAACCUUCAUCCUAACCCUCUAACUACUAUACACCUUAACCUCCCCCCAUCCUACCCCCCUAACCUAUAUCCCCCUACCUUACAUCCCUACCCUCUAACCUACCUACCCAAACCCUCCAAACCCCUUACUAUCCUACCCUCGAACCUUACUAUCCAAACCCCUAACCUUACUAUCCCCCUCCCUUCUAUCCUAAAAUCCUACCCUCAAACCCUUUACUACCUACCCCCCUAACCUUACUAUCCUACCCUCUAACCUUACUAUCCUACCCUCUAACCUUACUAUCCUACCCUCUAACCUUACUAUCCUACCCUCUAACCUUACUAUCCUACCCUCUAACCUUACUAUCCUACCCUCUAACCUUACUAUCCUACCCUCUAACCUUACUAUCCACCCUCAAACCCCUUACCUCUCUACCCCUCAAACCCUUUACUACCCUCCCCCUACUACCCCUUCUACCUCCCAAACCUCCACCCUUACUAUCCUACCUCCACCCCCUUAUCCCUACCCCACCCCCUUACUAUCCUACCCCUACCUCUACCUACCCCCAACCUUACUAUCCUACCCUCUACCUUACUACUUCCUACCCCCCUCUCUACCUACAUCCUACCCUCUACCUACUAUCCUAACCCUCUAACCUACUAUCCUAUCCUCUUAACCUUACUAUCCUACCCUCUAACCUUACUACCUACCCGCUAACCUUACCUACCCUACCCUUUCCUCAACCUUACUACCUCCCCUUACCUACACCCCUCAACCUUACUAUCCUACCCUCUAACCUUACUAUCCUACCCUUACUCAUCCUACCCUCUAACCUUACUAUCCUACCCUCUAACCUUACUAUCCUACCCUCUAACCUUACUAUCCUACCCUACCCUAACCUUACUAUCCUACCCUCUACCCUUACUAUCCUACCCUCUAACCUUACUAUCCUACCCUCUAACCUUACUAUCCUACCCAACCUCUACCUUACUAUUACCCCUUUAACCUCUACCCAAAAACCACCUUCUAUCCCCCUACUUCCCAAAAUAACCUCUACCUUUCCCUAACCCCCCUCCCCUUUCCUAAACCUACAAUCCCCCCUCCUCACCUAACCCCCCCACCCCUACCUUUCUACCCACACCCCCCCUCCUGUCCUACCCACCCCCCUCUUCCACCCCCCCCCAGCCCCACCCCCCCCUCAUCUGUCUAACCCUCCCACCUUAUCCUAUCCACCCCCCCACCCCUCUUCCCCCCCUAACCCACCCCCUUCUAUCCCACCUCCCCUUCUACCACCCUACCUACACCUUUCCCCUCUAAUUCUACCUACCCACCCCCACCCUCUAACCGAUAUCCAAACCCUCACCCUUACUAUCCUAACCCUCUAACUACACCCUUUUAACUUCCUACCCUCAAACCUUAUAUCCACCCUCCCUCAACCCAAAACAUCCUACCCUCUACCUUAGAUCCUACCCUCAAUAUACCUUUACCUUUUUCCUACCCUCAAAAACCUUACUACCUCCCUCAAACCUUUACUCCUAACCCUCUAACCUUACUAUCCUACCAAACCCUUACUAUCCCAAACCCUCAACCUACAUCCUACCCCUAACCAUACUCCAAACCCUAUUACCUUACUAUCCUACCCCAACCUUACUUACCUACCCACCCAAACCUUACUAUCCUACCCUCUACCUUAAACUCCCUAAAACCCCCCCCUUAUCCUACCUCUAACCUUACUACCACCCUCACCCUUACUACCCCUACCUUUACUAUCCUCCCCUUUCAUCCUACCCUCAACUUACAUCCUACCCUCUACCUCCAUCCUACACUACCUACCCUCUCCCUUACUAUCCUACCCUCUACCUUAUAUCCUACCCUUACUACCUAACCCCUAACCUUACUAUCCUACCCUCUAACCUUACUAUCCUCCUACCCUCUAACCUUACUAUCCUACCCUCUAACCUUACUAUCCUACCCUCUAACCUUACUACCCUACCCUCUAACCUUACUAUCCUACCCUCUAACCUUACUAUCCUACCCUUUAAACCCUCUACUAACCUUACUACCUACACCUCUAACCUUCAUCCUACCCUCUAACCUUACUAACCUAAUCCACCCUCUAACCUUACUAUCCUAACCCUCAAACCCUUUAAAUUUUACCCUACCCCUCAAACCUUUACUAUCCUACCCUCAAACCUUUACAUACAAAACCCUCACCUUACUACCUUUACCCUUACUAUCCCUCCCCCUCUAACCUUACUAUCCUACCCUUACUAUCCACCCUCUACCUUUACAUCCUACCCCCUCUAACCUUACUACCUACCCUCAACCCUCAACCUACUAUCCACCCUCUAACCUUACAUCCUACCCCUCUAACCUCUAUCCUACCCUCUAACCUUACUAUCCUACCCUCUAACCUACAACUCCCCCUUUAAACCCUUUAAACUAUAACUAUACCCUCUAACCUUACUAUCCUACCCUCUAACCUUACUACCUAACCCCCUCUAACCUUACUAUCCUACCCUCUAACCUUACUAUCCUACCCUCUAACCUUACUAUCCUACCCUCUAACCUUACUAUCCUACCCUCUAACCUUACUAUCCUACCCUCUAACCUUACUAUCCUACCCUUACUAUCCUACCCUCUAACCUUACUAUAUUACUCUCUCUGUCCUACCCCCCCCCUCUAUCCUACCCCCCCCUCUAUCCUACCCCCCUCCCACCUCCCCCCUCUCCAACCUCCCCUCUAUCCUCCCUCCCCCCCUCUUAUCCACCUCCCCCUCUAACUACCUCCCCCUUUCCUGCCCUCACCUCCCCUCUUCCCCCUCCCUCCUCCCCCUCUGUCUCACCUCCCCUCUAUCCUACCUCAUCCCUUACCCACCUACCUGAUUGAAUAUCCCCAUUGGAAGGUUUUAGAGCUCAGUGAGGGUGGUUUUGGGGGGUUUUAUGCUCAUUAAGGUUGUGAUGGUUAGAGCCAGUGAGUGUGUUGUUUGGUGUAAGCCGUGAGGUGUUUUGAUUGGUAAGCUCGUGAGGGUUUGUGAUGGUGUAAGCUCAUGAGGUUGUUGUGAUUGGGUAAGCUCAGUGGGGUUUGUUUGUGUUGGUGUGACUCAGAGUGUGUUUGAUUGUGGAGCUCAUGAGGUGUUUGUGUUGGGUAUAGCUCAGUUAGGUUUUGUUGUGAUUGGUGUAGAGCUCAGUGAGGUGUGUUGUGAUUGGUGUAGAGCUCAGUGAGGUGUGUUGUGAUUGGUGUAGAGCUCAGUGAGGUGUGUUGUGAUUGGUGUAUAGCUCAGUAAGGUGUGUUGUGAUUGGUGUAGAGCUCAGUGAGGUGUGUUGUGAUUGGUGUAGAGCUCAGUGAGGUGUGUUGUGAUUGGUCCAGGGACCUGACAGUAAGGUGUGUUGUGAUUGGUCCAGGGACCUGACCAGUGUGAGCUGUGAGGAGUUGGGUCCGCUGCCAGCCGGCUGGGAGGUGAGGAGCACGGUGUCGGGACGUAUCUACUUUGUGGACCACAACAACCGAACCACGCAGUUCACUGACCCCCGACUACACACCAUCAUCAGGUACACUUGUGUGCGCACACACACACACACACACACACACAGACACACACAGACACACACACACACACACACACACACCACACACACACACACACACAGACAGAAGGUUACAGCCCAGUCCUAUGGUGAGCAGUGGAAGUGAAAUAAUGAUGCGAUUUAAUACCAGUAAGCAUCAUCUCUAUCACCAAUGACUCUAGAUACUGGGCUAUAGACACACCAAUGACUCUAGAUACUGGGCUAUAGACACACCACUGACUCUAGAUACUGGGCUAUAGACACACCAAUGACUCUAGAUACUGGGCUAUAGACCACCCAAUGACUCUAGAUACUGGGCUAUAGACCACACCAUGACUCUAGAUACUGGGCUAUAGACACCACCAAUGACUCUAGAUACUGGGCUAUAGACAGACACACCAAUGACUCUAGAUACUGGGGCUAUAGACAGACACACCAAUGACUCUAGAUACUGGGCUAUAGACACACCCAAUGACUCUAGAUACUGGGCUAUAGACACACCAAUGGACUCUAGAUACUGGGCUUAUAGACACACCCAAUGACUCUAGAUACUGGGCUAUAGACAGGACACACCAAUGGACUCUAGAUACUGGCUAUAGACACACCAAUGACUCUAGAUACUGGGCUAUAGACACACCAAUGACUCUAGAUACUGGGCUAUAGAACACCAAUGACUCUAGAUACUGGGCUAUAGACACACCACUGACUCUAGAUACUGGGCAUAGACACACCAAUGACUCUAGAUACUGGGCUAUAGACACACCAAUGACUCUAGAUACUGGGUCUAGACAGACACACCAAUGACUAGAUACUGGGCCUCUCGACACACCAUGACUCUAGAUACUGGGCUAUAGAACACAAUGACUCUAGAGAUACUGGGCUAUAGACAGACACACCCAAUGACUCUAGUAUGGGGCUAUAGACACACCAAUGACUCUAGAUACUGGGCUAUAGACAGACACCCCACUGACUCUAGAUACUGGCUUAUAGACACACCACUGACUCUAGAUACUGGGCUAUAGACAGACCACUGACUUAGAUACUGGGCUAUAGACACACCAAUGACUCUAGAUACUGGGCUAUAGACACACCACUGACUCUAGAUACUGGGCUAUAGACACACCAAUGACUCUAGAUACUGGGCUAUAGACACACCAAUGACUCUAGAUACUGGGCUAUAGCCACACCAAUGACUCUAGAUACUGGGCUAUAGACACACCAAUGACUCUAGAUACUGGGCUAUAGACACACCAAUGACUCUAGAUACUGGGCUAUAGACACACAAAUGACUCUAGAUACUGGGCUAUAGACACACCACUGACUCUAGAUACUGGGCUAUAGACACACCACUGACUCUAGAUACUGGGCUAUAGACAGACCACUGACUCUAGAUACUGGGCUAUAGACACACCAAUGACUCUAGAUACUGGGCUAUAGACACACCAAUGACUCUAGAUACUGGGCUAUAGACACACCAAUGACUCUAGAUACUGGGCUAUAGACACACCAAUGACUCUAGAUACUGGGCUAUAGACACACCAAUGACUCUAGAUACUGGGCUAUAGACACACCAAUGACUCUAGAUACUGGGCUAUAGACAGACACACCAAUGACUCUAGAUACUGGGCUAUAGACACACCAAUGACUCUAGAUACUGGGCUAUAGACAGACACACCAAUGACUCUAGAUACUGGGCUAUAGACAGACACACCACUGACUCUAGAUACUGGGCUAUAGACAGACCACUGACUCUAGAUACUGGGCUAUAGACACACCAAUGACUCUAGAUACUGGGCUAUAGACACACCCACUGACUCUAGAUACUGGGCUAUAGACACACCAAUGACUCUAGAUACUGGGCUAUAGACACACCAAUGACUCUAGAUACUGGGCUAUAGACACACCAUGACUCUAGAUACUGGGCUAUAGACACACCAAUGACUCUAGAUACUGGGCUAUAGACACACCAUGACUCUAGAUACGGGGCUAUAGACACACCAAUGACUCUAGAUACUGGGCUAUAGACACACCACUGACUCUAGAUACUGGGCUAUAGACACACCACUGACUCUAGAUACUGGGCUAUAGACAGACCACUGACUCUAGAUACUGGGCUAUAGACACACCAAUGACUCUAGAUACUGGGCUAUAGACACACCAAUGACUCUAGAUACUGGGCUAUAGACACACCAAUGACUCUAGAUACUGGGCUAUAGACACCACCAAUGACUCUAGAUACUGGGCUAUAGACACACCAAUGACUCUAGAUACUGGGCUAUAGACACACCAAUGACUCUAGAUACUGGGCUAUAGACAGACACACCAAUGACUCUAGAUACUGGGCUAUAGACCACACCAAUGACUCUAGAUAUGGGCUAUAGACACACCAAUGACUCUAGAUACUGGGCUAUAGACACACCACUGACUCUAGAUACUGGGCUAUAGACACACCACUGACUCUAGAUACUGGGCUAUAGACACACCACUGACUCUAGAUACUGGGCUAUAGACACACCAAUGACUCUAGAUACUGGGCUAUAGACACACCAAUGACUCUAGAUACUGGGCUAUAGACACACCAAUGACUCUAGAUACUGGGCUAUAGACACACCAAUGACUCUAGAUACUGGGCUAUAGACACACCAAUGACUCUAGAUACUGGGCUAUAGACACACCAAUGACUCUAGAUACUGGGCUAUAGACACACCCAUGACUCUAGAUACUGGGCUAUAGACACACCAAUGACUCUAGAUACUGGGCUAUAGACACACCACUGACUCUAGAUACUGGGCUAUAGACACACCAAUGACUCUAGAUACUGGGCUAUAGACACACCAACUGACUCUAGAUACUGGUCUAUAGACACACCAAUGACUCUAGAUACUGGGCUAUAGACACACCAAUGACUCUAGAUACUGGGCUAUAGACACACCAAUGGACUCUAGAUACUGGGCUAUAGGAAAGACACACCAAUGACUCUAGAUACUGGGCUAUAGACAGACACACCAAUGACUCUAGAUACUGGGCUAUAGACCAGUAAUCAUCACCUCUAACACCAAUGACUCUAGAUACUGGGCUAUAGACACACCAAUGACUCUAGAUACUGGGCUAUAGACACACCAAUGACUCUAGAUACUGGGCUAUAGACAGACACACCAAUGACUCUAGAUACUGGGCUAUAGACACACCAAUGACUCUAGAUACUGGGGCUAUAGACACACCAAUGACUCUAGAUACUGGGCUAUAGACACACCACUGACUCUAGAUACUGGGCUAUAGACACACCCAAUGACUCUAGAUACUGUGGCUAUAGACACACCACUGACUCUAGAUACUGGGCUAUAGGACCACACCAAUGACUCUAGAUACUGGGCUAUAGACACACCAAUGACUCUAGAUACUGGGCUAUAGACACACCAACUGACUCUAGAUACUGGGCUAUAGACACACCACUGACUCUAGAUACUGGGCUAUAGACACACCAAUGACUCUAGAUACUGGGCUAUAGACACACCAAUGACUCUAGAUACUGGGCUAUAGACACACCAAUGACUCUAGAUACUGGGCUAUAGACACACCAAUGACUCUAGAUACUGGGCUAUAGACACACCAAUGACUCUAGAUACUGGGCUAUAGACAGACCAAUGACUCUAGAUACUGGGCUAUAGACACACCAAUGACUCUAGAUACUGGGCUAUAGACACACCAAUGACUCUAGAUACUGGGCUAUAGACCACACCAAUGACUCUAGAUACUGGGCUAUAGACACACCCAAUGACUCUAGAUACUGGGCUAUAGACACACCACUGACUCUAGAUACUGGGCUAUAGACACACCAAUGACUCUAGAUACUGGGCUAUAGACACACCAAUGACUCUAGAUACUGGGCUAUAGACACACCAAUGACUCUAGAUACUGGGCUAUAGACACACCAAUGACUCUAGAUACUGGGCUAUAGACACACCAAUGACUCUAGAUACUGGGCUAUAGACACACCAAUGACUCUAGAUACUGGGCUAUAGACACACCAAUGACUCUAGAUACUGGGCUAUAGACACACCAAUGACUCUAGAUACUGGGCUAUAGACACACCAAUGACUCUAGAUACUGGGCUAUAGACACACCAAUGACUCUAGAUACUGGGCUAUAGACACACCAAUGACUCUAGAUACUGGGCUAUAGACACACCACUGACUCUAGAUACUGGUUUAUAGACACACCAAUGACUCUAGAUACUGGGCUAUAGACACACCACUGACUCUAGAUACUGGGCUAUAGACAGACACACCAAUGACUCUAGAUACUGGGCUAUAGACAGACCACUGACUCUAGAUACUGGGCUAUAGACACACCACUGACUCUAGAUACUGGGCUAUAGACACACCAAUGACUCUAGAUACUGGGCUAUAGACACACCAAUGACUCUAGAUACUGGGCUAUAGACAGACACACCAAUGACUCUAGAUACUGGGCUAUAGACACACCACUGACUCUAGAUACUGGGCUGUAGACACACCAAUGACUCUAGAUACUGGGCUAUAGACACACCACUGACUCUAGAUACUGGGCUAUAGACACACCAAUGACUCUAGAUACUGGGCUAUAGACACACCAAUGACUCUAGAUACUGGGCUAUAGACAGACCACUGACUCUAGAUACUGGGCUAUAGACAGACACACCAAUGACUCUAGAUACUGGGCUAUAGACACACCAAUGACUCUAGAUACUGGGCUAUAGACACACCACUGACUCUAGAUACUGGGCUAUAGACACACCAAUGACUCUAGAUACUGGGCUAUAGACACACCAAUGACUCUAGAUACUGGGCUAUAGACAGACACACCAAUGACUCUAGAUACUGGGCUAUAGACACACCACUGACUCUAGAUACUGGGCUAUAGACACACCAAUGACUCUAGAUACUGGGCUAUAGACACACCACUGACUCUAGAUACUGGGCUAUAGACACACCACUGACUCUAGAUACUGGGCUAUAGACACACCAAUGACUCUAGAUACUGGGCUAUAGACACACCAAUGACUCUAGAUACUGGGCUAUAGACACACCAUGACUCUAGAUACUGGGCUAUAGACACACCAAUGACUCUAGAUACUGGGCUAUAGACACACCAAUGACUCUAGAUACUGGGCUAUAGACAGACACACCAAUGACUCUAGAUACUGGGCUAUAGACACACCACUGACUCUAGAUACUGGGCUAUAGACACACCAAUGACUCUAGAUACUGGGCUAUAGACACACCACUGACUCUAGAUACUGGGCUAUAGACACACCAAUGACUCUAGAUACUGGGCUAUAGACACACCAAUGACUCUAGAUACUGGGCUAUAGACACACCAAUGACUCUAGAUACUGGGCUAUAGACACACCAAUGACUCUAGAUACUGGGCUAUAGACACACCAAUGACUCUAGAUACUGGGCUAUAGACAGACACACCACUGACUCUAGAUACUGGGCUAUAGACACACCACUGACUCUAGAUACUGGGCUAUAGACACACCAAUGACUCUAGAUACUGGGCUAUAGACACACCAAUGACUCUAGAUACUGGGCUAUAGACACACCAAUGACUCUAGAUACUGGGCUAUAGACAGACACACCACUGACUCUAGAUACUGGGCUAUAGACACACCACUGACUCUAGAUACUGGGCUAUAGACACACCACUGACUCUAGAUACUGGGCUAUAGACACACCAAUGACUCUAGAUACUGGGCUAUAGACACACCAAUGACUCUAGAUACUGGGCUAUAGACAGACCAAUGACUCUAGAUACUGGGCUAUAGACACACCAAUGACUCUAGAUACUGGGCUAUAGACACACCACUGACUCUAGAUACUGGGCUAUAGACACACCACUGACUCUAGAUACUGGGCUAUAAACACACCAAUGACUCUAGAUACUGGGCUAUAGACACACCAAUGACUCUAGAUACUGGGCUAUAGACACACCAAUGACUCUAGAUACUGGGCUAUAGACAGACCACUGACUCUAGAUACUGGGCUAUAGACACACCAAUGACUCUAGAUACUGGGCUAUAGACAGACACACCAAUGACUCUAGAUACUGGGCUAUAGACAGACACACCACUGACUCUAGAUACUAGGCUAUAGACACACCACUGACUCUAGAUACUGGGCUAUAGACACACCAAUGACUCUAGAUACUGGGCUAUAGACACACCACUGACUCUAGAUACUGGGCUAUAGACACACCAAUGACUCUAGAUACUGGGCUAUAGACACACCACUGACUCAAGAUACUAGGCUAUAGACACACCAAUGACUCUAGAUACUGGGCUAUAAACAGACACACCAAUGACUCUAGAUACGGGGCUAUAGACACACCAAUGACUCUAGAUACUGGGCUAUAGACACACCACUGACUCUAGAUACUGGGCUAUAGACACACCACUGACUCUAGAUACUGGGCUAUAGACACACCACUGACUCUAGAUACUGGGCUAUAAACACACCAAUGACUCUAGAUACUGGGCUAUAGACACACCAAUGACUCUAGAUACUGGGCUAUAGACACACCAAUGACUCUAGAUACUGGGCUAUAGACAGACCACUGACUCUAGAUACUGGGCUAUAGACACACCACUGACUCUAGAUACUGGGCUAUAGACACACCAAUGACUCUAGAUACUGGGCUAUAGACAGACACACCAAUGACUCUAGAUACUGGGCUAUAGACACACCACUGACUCUAGAUACUGGGCUAUAGACACACCACUGACUCUAGAUACUGGGCUAUAGACACACCAAUGACUCUAGAUACUGGGCUAUAGACACACCAAUGACUCUAGAUACUGGGCUAUAGACACACCACUGACUCUAGAUACUGGGCUAUAGACACACCAAUGACUCUAGAUACUGGGCUAUAGACACACCAAUGACUCUAGAUACUGGGCUAUAGACACACCAAUGACUCUAGAUACUGGGCUAUAGACAGACACACCAAUGACUCUAGAUACUGGGCUAUAGACACACCAAUGACUCUAGAUACUGGGCUAUAGACAGACACACCAAUGACUCUAGAUACUGGGCUAUAGACACACCAAUGACUCUAGAUACUGGGCUAUAGACACACCAAUGACUCUAGAUACUGGCCUAUAGACACACCAAUGACUCUAGAUACUGGGCUAUAGACAGACACACCAAUGACUCUAGAUACUGGGCUAUAGACACACCACUGACUCUAGAUACUGGGCUAUAGACACACCAAUGACUCUAGAUACUGGGCUAUAGACAGACACACCAAUGACUCUAGAUACUGGGCUAUAGACAGACCACUGACUCUAGAUACUGGGCUAUAGACACACCAAUGACUCUAGAUACUGGGCUAUAGACACACCAAUGACUCUAGAUACUGGGCUAUAGACACACCACUCAUGUUAUCUAUGGAUUCUUUGCUAUUUUUUAAUUUUUUACUUAUCUAUUUUUUACUUAACACUUCUUAUUUUUUUCUUAAAAACUGCAUUGUUGGUUAAGGGCUGUCAGUAAGCAUUUCACUGUAAUGUCCACACCUGUUGUAUUUGGCGCAUGUGGCAAAUAAAAUGUGAUUUGAUUUGGAUUAUAUACAGUGCUGGGAAAAAUAAUUUUUCCCCUUUCUAAUUUUCUCUAUUUUUGAUUAUUUUUGAUACUGAAUGUUAUCAGAUCUUCAACCAAAACCUAAUAUUAGAUAAAGGGAACUUGAGUGAAUAAAUAACACAACAAUUACACACUUAUUUAAUGUAUUUAAUAAACCAAGUUAUGCAACACCCCAAUGCCCCUGUGUGAAAAGGUAAUUGCCCCCUUACAGUGCCUUGCGAAAGUGUUCACCCCCCCCCCCCCCCCCCCCCCCCUUGGCAUUUUUCCUAUUUUGUUGCCUUACAACCUGGAAUUAAAAUAGAUUUUUGGGGGGUUUGUAUCAUUUGAUUUACACAACAUGCCUACCACUUUGAAGAUGCAAAAUAAUUUUUGGGGUGAAACAAACAAGAAAUAAGACCAAAACAAAACAGAAAACUUGAGCGUGCAUAACUAUUCACCAACCCCCCCCCCCCCCCCCAAAGUCAAUACUUUGUAGAGCCACCUUUUGCAGCAAUUACAGCUGCAGGUCUCUUGGGGUAUGUCUCUAUAAGCUUGGCACAUCUAGCCACUGGGAUUUUUGCCCAUUCUUCAAAGCAAAACUGCUCCAGCUCCUUCAAGUUGGAUGGGUUCCGUUGUUGUACAGCAAUCUUUAAGUCAUACCACAGAUUCUCAAUUGGAUUGAGGUCUGGGCUUUGACUAGGCCAUUCCAAGACAUUUAAAUGUUUCCCCUUAAACCACUCGAGUGUUGCUUUAGCAGUAUGUUUAGGGUCAUUGUCCUGCUGGAAGGUGAACCUCCGUCCCAGUCUCAAAUCUCUAGAAGACUGAAACAGGUUUCCUUCAAGAAUUUCCCUGUAUUUAGCGCCAUCCUUCAUUCCUUCAAUGCUGACCAGUUUCCCAGUCCCUGCCGAUGAAAAACAUCCCCACAGCAUGAUGCUGCCACCACCAUGCUUCACUGUGGGGAUGGUGUUCUCGGGGUGAUGAGAGGUGUUGGGUUUGCGCCAGACAUAGCGUUUUCCUUGAGGGCCGAAAAGCUCAAUUUUAGUCUCAUCUGACCAAAGUACCUUCUUCCAUAUGUUUGGGGAGUCUCCCACAUGCCUUUUGGCGAACACCAAACGUGUUUGCUAAUUUUUUUCUUUAAGCAAUGGCUUUUUUCUGGCCACUCUUCCGUAAAGCCCAGCUCUGUGGAGUGUACGGCUUAAAGUGGUCCUAUGGACAGAUACUCCAAUCUCCGCUGUGGAGCUUUGCAGCUCCUUCAGGGUUAUCUUUGACUCUUUGUUGCCUCUCUGAUUAAUGCCCUCCUUGCCUGGUCCGUGAGUUUUAGUGGGCGGCCCUCUCUUGGCAGGUUUGUUGUGGUGCCAUAUUCUUUCAAUUUUUUAAUAAUGGAUUUAAUGGUGCUCCGUGGGAUGUUCAAAGUUUCAGAUAUUUUUUUUAUAACCCAACCCUGAUCUGUACUUCUCCACAACUUUGUCCCUGAGCUGUUUGGAGAGCUCCUUGGUCUUCAUGGUGCCGCUUGCUUGGUGGUGCCCCUUGCUUAGUGGUGUUGCAGACUCUGGGGCCUUUCAGAACAGGUGUAUACAGUGGGGAAAAAAAGUAUUUAGUCAGCCACCAAUUGUGCAAGUUCUCCCACUUAAAAAGAUGAUAGAGGCCUGUAAUUUUCAUCAUAGGUACACGUCAACUAUGACAGACAAAUUGAGAAUUUUUUUUCCAGAAAAUCACAUUGUAGGAUUUUUUAUGAAUUUAAUUGCAAAUAAUGGUGGAAAAUAAGUAUUUGGUCACCUACAAACAAGCAAGAUUUCUGGCUCUCACAGACCUGUAACUUCUUCUUUAAGAGGCUCCUCUGUCCUCCACUCGUUACCUGUAUUAAUGGCACCUGUUUGAACUUGUUAUCAGUAUAAAAGACACCUGUCCACAACCUCAAACAGUCACACUCCAAACUCCACUAUGGCCAAGACCAAAGAGCUGUCAAAGGACACCAGAAACAACAUUGUAGACCUGCACCAGGCUGGGAAGACUGAAUCUGCAAUAGGUAAGCAGCUUGGUUUGAAGAAAUCAACUGUGGGAGCAAUUAUUAGGAAAUGGAAGACAUACAAGACCACUGAUAAUCUCCCUCGAUCUGGGGCUCCACGCAAGAUCUCACCCCGUGGGGUCAAAAUGAUCACAAGAACGGUGAGCAAAAAUCCCAGAACCACACGGGGGUCCUAGUGAAUGACCUGCAGAGAGCUGGGACCAAAGUAACAAAGCCUACCAUCAGUAACACACUACGCCGCCAGGGACUCAAAUCCUGCAGUGCCAGACGUGUCCCCCUGCUUAUGUCCAGGCCCGUCUGAAGUUUGCUAGAGUGCAUUUGGAUGAUUCAGAAGAGGAUUGGGAGAAUGUCAUUUGGUCAGAUGAAACCAAAAUAGAACUUUUUGGUAAAAACUCAACUCGUCGUGUUUGGAGGACAAAGAAUGCUGAGUUGUAUCCAAAGAACACCAUACCUACUGUGAAGCAUGGGGGUGGAAACAUCAUGCUUUGGGGCUGUUUUUCUGCAAAGGGACCAGGACGACUGAUCCGUGUAAAGGAAAGAAUGAAUGGGGCCAUGUAUCGUGAGAUUUUGAGUGAAAACCUCCUUCCAUCAGCAAGGGCAUUGAAGAUGAAACGUGGCUGGGUCUUUCAGCAUGACAAUGAUCCGAAACACACCGCCCGGGCAACGAAGGAGUGGCUUCGUAAGAAGCAUUUCAAGGUCCUGGAGUGGCCUAGCCAGUCCCCAGAUCUCAACCCCAUAGAAAAUCUUUGGAGGGAGUUGAAAGUCCGUGUUGCCCAGCGACAGCCCCAAAACAUCACUGCUCUAGAGGAGAUCUGCAUGGAGGAAUGGGCCAAAAUACCAGCAACAGUGUGUGAAAACCUUGUGAAGACUUACAGAAAAAGUUUGACCUGUGUCAUUGCCAACAAAGGGUAUAUAACAAAGUAUUGAGAAACUUUUGUUAUUGACCAAAUACUUAUUUUCCACCAUAAUUUGCAAAUAAAUUCAUAAAAAAUCCUACAAUGUGAUUUUCUGGAAAUGUUUUCCUCAUUUUGUCUGUCAUAUUUGACGUGUACCUAUGAUGAAAAUUACAGGCCUCUCUCAUCUUUUUAAGUGGGAGAACAUGCACAAUUGGUGGCUGACUAAAUACUUUUUUUCCCCACUGUAUAUAUACUGAGAUCAUGUGACACUUAGAUUGCACACAGGUGGACUUUAUUUAACUAAUUAUGUAAUUCUGAAGGUAAUUGGUUGCACCAGAUCUUAUUUAGGGGCUUCAUAGCAAAGGGGGUGAAUACAUAUGCACGCACCACUUUUCCGUUAUUUAUUUUUCAGAAUUUUGUUAAUAAGUUAUUUUUUUCAUUUCACUUCACCCAUCUGGACUAUUUUGUGUAUGUCCAUUACAUGAAAUCCAAAUAAAAAUAAAUUUAAAUUACAUGUUGUAAUGCAACAAAAUAUGAAAAACGCCAAGGGGGAUGAAUACUUUUGCAAGGCAGUGUACACUCAAUAACUGGUUGUGCCACCUUUAGUUGCAAUGACUCCAACCAAAUGCUUCCUGUAGUUGUUGAUCAGUUUCUCACGUCACUUGGAGGAAUUUUGGCCCACUCUUGCAUGUAGAACUGCUUUAACUCAGCGACAUUUGUGGGUUUUCAAGCAUGAUCUGCUUGUUUCAAGUCCUGCCACAACAUCUCAAUUGGGAAUAGGUCUGGACUUUGACUAGGCCAUUCCAAAAGCGCAGCUGGGUCAUGCAGCAAGACAAUGAUCCAAAACACAGGGUUUACAUGAAAAUGGCUAAAAAGCAACUAAUUUGAGGUUUUGGAAUGGCCUAGUCAAAGUCCAGACGUAAUCCCAAUUGAGAUGUUGUGGCUGGACUUGAAACAAGCAGUUCAUGCUUGAAAACCCACAAAUGUCACUGAGUUAAAGCAGUUCUGCAUGGAAGAGUGGGCCAAAAUUCCUCCACAGCGACGUGAGAGACUGAUCAACAACUACAGGAAGCGUUUGGUUGGAGUCAUUGCAGCUAAAGGUGGCACAACCAGUUAUUGAGUGUAAGGCGGCAAUUACUUUUUCCACACAGGGGCAUUGGGUGUUGCAUAACUUUGUUCAUGAUAUAAAUAAAAUAAGUAUCCAUUUUUUUGUUGUUGUUAUUUGUUCAAUCAGGUUCCCUUUAUCUAAUGUUAGGUUUUGGUUGAAGAUCUGAUAACAUUCAGUAUCAAAGAUAUGCAACAAUAGAGAAAAUCAGAAAGGGGUCGAAUCCUAUUUUUCCACUGUAUGUCCAAUGGAUUGUGUGUGUUUUCCACUGUAUGUCCAAUGGAUUGUGUGUCCAGCCAACACUCCCAGGAGAAGGAGUCGUCUCGGCCGCUGGGUGGGGGAGGCGGGAGAGAGAUGGAGGUGGGGGGUGAGGAGGAGGAGGAGGGGGGAGGAGGAGGAGGCGAGGUGACACUGCGUUAUGAGAGAGACCUGGUCCACAAACUGAAGCUGCUCCGACACGAGCUGUCGCUACAGCAACCACAAGCCGGACACUGUCGCAUAGAGGUCUCACGAGAAGAGAUCUUUGAGGUACGUACAUAUAUACACUGCCAGUCAAAAAGUUUGGACACCUACUCAUUCCAGGGUUUUUCUUUAUUUUUUAAAACUAUUUUCUACAUUGUAGAAUAAUAGUGAAGACAUCAAAACUAGGAAAUAACACAUAUGGAAUCAUGUAGUAACCCCAAAAAAAGUGUUAAACAAAUAAAAAUAUAUUUUGUAUUUGAGAUUCUUCAAAGUAGCCACCCUUUGCAUUGAUGACAGCUUUGCACACUCUUGGCGUUCUCUCAACCAGCUUCAUGAAGUGGUCACCUGGAAUGCAUUUCAAUUAACAGGUGUGCCUUGUUAAAAGUUAAUUUGUGGAAUUUCUUUCCUUCUUAAUGCAUUUGAGCCAAUCAGUUGUGUUGUGACAACGUAGGGGUGGUAUACAGGAGAUAGCCCUAUUUGGUAAAAGACCAAGUGAAUCAGGCCUUCGUGGUCGAAUUGCUGCAAAGAAACCACUACUAAAGGACACCAAUAAGAAGAAGAGACCAGCUUUGGCCAAGAAACACGAGCAAUGGACAUUAGACCGGUGGAAAUCUGUCCUUUGGUCUGGAGUCCAACCGCCGUGUCUUUGUGAGACACAGUGUAGGUGAACGGAUGAUCUCUGCAUGUGUGGUUCCCACCGUGAAGCAUGGAGGAGGAGGUGUGAUGGUGUGGGGGUGCUUUGCUAGUGACACUGUGUGAUUUAUUUAGAAUUCAAGGCACACUUAACCAGCAUGGCUACCACAGCAUUCUGCAGCGAUACGCCAUCCCAUCUGGUUUGGGCUUAGUGGGACUAUCAUUUGUUUUUCAACAGGACAAUGACCCAACACACCUCCAGGCUGUGUAAGGGCUAUUUGACCAAGAAGGAGAGUGAUGGAGUGCUGCAUCAGAUGACCUGGCCUCCACAAUCCCCCGACCUCAACCCAAUUGAGAUGGUUAAUAUGGACUUGGUCUUUUACCAAAUAGGACUAUCUUCUGUAUACCCCCCCCUACCUUGUCAAAACAUAAUAUAUAUAAAUAUAUUUUGAUUUGUUUAACACUUUUUUUUUGGUUACUACAUGAUUCCAUAUGUGUUAUUUCAUAGUUUUGAUGCCUUCACUAUUAUUCUACAAUGUAGAAAAUAGUACAAAUAAAGAAAAACCCUUGAAUGAGUAGGUGUGUCCAAACUUUUGACUGGUAGUGUAUACACACACACACACACACACACACACACACACACACACACACAUUUAUAGGCAUGCCGACACAAUACAUUUACAUUUAGAUUUUAGUCAUUUAGCAGACGCUCUUAUCCAGAGCGACUUACAGGAGCAAUUAGGGUUAAGUGCCUUGCUCAAGGGCACAUCGACAGAUUUUUCACCUAGUCGGCUCGGGGAUUAGAACCAGCGACCUUUCGGUUACUGGCACAACGCUCUUAACCACUAAGCUACCUGCCGUAACCAGGAAAUGGAGGUGAGAGUUCUGCAUAGUGCAGCUACCUGCCGUAAUGGCGGUGAGAGUUCUGCAUAGUGCAGCUACCUGCCGUAACCAGGAAAUGGCGGUGAGAGUUCUGCAUAGUGCAGCUACCUGCCGUAACCAGGAAAUGGCGGGGAGAGUUCUGCAUAGUGCAGCUACCUGCCGUAACCAGGAAAUGGCGGUGAGAGUUCUGCAUAGUGCAGCUACCUGCCGUAACCAGGAAAUGGCAGUGAGAGUUCUGCAUAGUGCAGCUACCUGCCGUAACCAGGAAAUGGAGGUGAGAGUUCUGCAUAGUGCAGCUACCUGCCGUAACCAGGAAAUGGCAGUGAGAGUUCUGCAUAGUGCAGCUACCUGCCGUAACCAGGAAAUGGAGGUGAGAGUUCUGCAUAGUGCAGCUACCUGCCGUAACCAGGAAAUGGCAGUGAGAGUUCUGCAUAGUGCAGCUACCUGCCGUAACCAGGAAAUGGCGGUGAGAGUUCUGCAUAGUGCAGCUACCUGCCGUAACCAGGAAAUGGUGGGGAGAGUUCUGCAUAGUGCAGCUACCUGCCGUAACCAGGAAAUGGCGGUGAGAGUUCUGCAUAGUGCAGCUACCUGCCGUAACCAGGAAAUGGCGGUGAGAGUUCUGCAUAGUGCAGCUACCUGCCGUAACCAGGAAAUGGCGGUGAGAGUUCUGCAGAGUGCAGCUACCUGCCGUAACCAGGAAAUGGCGGUGAGAGUUCUGCAUAGUGCAGCUACCUGCCGUAACCAGGAAAUGGCGGUGAGAGUUCUGCAUAGUGCAGCUACCUGCCGUAACCAGGAAAUGGCGGUGAGAGUUCUGCAUAGUGCAGCUACCUGCCGUAACCAGGAAAUGGCGGUGAGAGUUCUGCAGAGUGCACCUCUAACUCUACAACGGGUCAUCAUUUAGUUUCUGUAGCGUCUAUUUAUGUCUUUGGAAUAUUCCGGGCUAUUCCUACGGUUUAUAAAUAUUCUGCCACCAGGACAUGUUCUUCAAGUUAUAUUUUCUUUAAUUAAGCAUGUGUGUGUGUGUGUGUGUGUCUGUGUGUGUGUGUGUGUGUGUGUGUGUGUGUCUGUGUGUCUGUGUGUCUGUGUGUGUGUCUGUGUGUGUGUGUGUAGGAGUCUUAUCGUCAGAUCAUGAAGAUGAGACCAAAGGAUCUGAAGAAACGACUGAUGGUGAAGUUUAGAGGAGAGGAAGGACUGGACUACGGAGGAGUGGCAAGGUGACAGUCUGGUGUACUAAGGUUGGAUUGUGGUUAUGUUGUGAUAACGUUGUGAUAACGUUUAGAGGAGAGGAAGGACUACGGAGGAGUGGCAAGGUGACAGUCUGGUGUACUAAGGUUGGAUUGUGGUUAUGUUGUGAUAGCGUUGUGAUAACGUUGUUUUCUGGUUAUGGGGGUUGGCCGUACCUGCUGUGUGCAGGGGGGGGAAAUUAACACCCACCACCCAAAAGAUUGGCAUUGGUGGGUAAGAAUGUCUAUUUCACCAGCCACGGUGGCAUUGGUGGGUAAGAAUGUCUAUUUCACCAGCCACGGUGGCAUUGGUGGGUAAGAAUGUCUAUUUCACCAGCCACGGUGGCAUUGGUGGGUAAGAAUGUCUAUUUCACCAGCCACGGUGGCAUUGGUGGGUAAGAAUGUCUAUUUCACCAGCCACGGUGGCAUUGGUGGGUAAGAAUGUCUAUUUCACCAGCCACGGUGGCAUUGGUGGGUAAGAAUGUCUAUUUCACCAGCCACGGUGGCGUUGGUGGGUAAGAAUGUCUAUUUCACCAGCCACGGUGGCGUUGGUGGGUAAGAAUGUCUAUUUCACCAGCCACGGUGGCAUUUGGGAACAUUUAGUAUUUAUUUUGAACCAAAGCCCACACGUUGCCCUAAAGAAUAUAAAAGAUGAAUCAGUGAUUUAUUUUGAACUAAAGCCCACACGUUGCCCUAAAGAAUAUAAAAGAUGAAUCAGUGAUUUAUUUUGAACUAAAGCCCACACGUUGCCCUAAAGAAUAUAAAAGAUGAAUCAGUGAUUUAUUUUGAACCAAAGCCCACACGUUGCCCUAAAGAAUAUAAAAGAUGAAUCAGUGAUUUAUUUUGAUCCAAAGCCCACACGUUGCCCUAAAGAAUAUAAAAGAUGAAUCAGUGAUUUAUUUUGAUCCAAAGCCCACACGUUGCCCUAAAGAAUAUAAAAGAUGAAUCAGUGAUUUAUUUUGAUCCAAAGCCCACACGUUGCCCUAAAGAAUAUAAAAGAUGAAUCAGUGAUUUAUUUUGAUCCAAAGCCCACAUGUUGCCCUAAAGAAUAUAAAAGAUGAAUCAGUGAUUUGUAUUUCUUGCAGCUUUCUGAAGAAGUGAUGGCAUGGGAAUCCCUGUCUACCACUUUGUGUAGCCAGUUAGCUAUGCCGGAACACUGUCUAAAGACUUCCCCAUAAAACCUUCCCAAUUAAAUGUUAACGGUAAAGUAAGCUUACCUGGCAGAAUGAUAGGAUUAUUUGUAUGAAUCACAAGGGUAUUUUUCUUUUUUUUGCUAACUCUGCCUUCACAUGCAGUACAGAAACACACCACUAGUCAAACACCAGUCUCUUGCUAGGUGUGCAACUACACACUCCAAAAUCAAAUGUUUUUUUCUUAUUUUUUUACUCGAAAGCGGUCUCCUGAUGUGGUUUAAGAAUUGUUGUGGACUUAGAACACGUCCAACUCAUUCCACGGAGGGCCGUGUGUCUGCAGGUUUUCACUCCUACCUUGGACUCCCUUGAUGGAUGAAUUAAGGUCACUGAUUAGUAAGGAACUCCCCUCACCUGGUUGUCCAGGUCUUAGUGAGGAACUCCCCUCACCUGGUUGUCUAAGUCUUAGUGAGGAACUCCCCUCACCUGGUUGUCUAGGUCUUAGUAAGGAACUCCCCUCACCUGGUUGUCUAGGUCUUAGUAAGGAACUCCCCUCACCUGGUUGUCUAGGUCUUAGUGAGGAACUCCCCUCACCUGGUUGUCUAGGUCUUAGUGAGGAACUCCCCUCACCUGGUUGUCUAGGUCUUAGUGAGGAACUCCCCUCACCUGGUUGUCUAGGUCUUAGUAAGGAACUCCCCUCACCUGGUUGUCUAGGUCUUAGUAAGGAACUCCCCUCACCUGGUUGUCUAGGUCUUAGUAAGGAACUCCCCUCACCUGGUUGUCUAUGUCUUAGUAAGGAACUCCCCUCACCUGGUUGUCUAGGUCUUAGUGAGGAACUCUCCUCACCUGGUUGUCUAGGUCUUAGUGAGGAACUCCCCUCACCUGGUUGUCUAGGUCUUAGUGAGGAACUCCCCUCACCUGGUUGUCUAGGUCUUAAUUGAAAACCAGCAGACACUAGGCCCUCCAUGGAAUGAGUUUUACAACCCCUGACUUGGAACAUCUAACAUCUUUUAAAAACAUCUUUAACAAGUGUGAAACCCUGAAAAACUCAGGGAAAAUCCGAAACCUGAAAAAAACUCAACUGAGAAAGCAGAAUUUGGGGGAAAAUCAAAGCGUUUUGAUAGCGCCCUAAACUUACUGUAGUUGGCAUGCAAGGCAUGGGGUCAGCAAGCCAGUUUACAAAACAUGGAUUUACAUUGAGCAAUAUACCACAUUACGUCUUACUAGUAAUACAUUUCUUGUUUUAGAAAAAUCUGUAUUUCCGUGUUUUCUGGUGUAAUUCUGGUGUAAAAAUAUUUGGUCUGGUAAACAUUCUGAGUGGUGACAGCCCAGGAUCACAGAGUCAGCAUGGGUUCUGAUCCAACACGUACAGCCCAGGAUACCAGAGUCAGCAUGGGUUCUGAUCCAACAUGUACAGCCCAGGAUACCAGAGUCAGCAUGGGUUCUGAUCCAACAUGUACAGCCUACCAGAGUCAGCAUGGGUUCUGAUCCAACAUGUACAGCCCAGGAUACCAGAGUCAGCAUGGGUUCUGAUCCAACAUGUACAGCCCAGGAUACCAGAGUCAGCAUGGGUUCUGGUCCAACAUGUACAGCCCAGGAUACCAGAGUCAGCAUGGGUUCUGAUCCAACAUGUACAGCCCAGGAUACCAGAGUCAGCAUGGUUCUGAUCCAACAUGUACAGCCCAGGAUACCAGAGUCAGCAUGGGUUCUGAUCCAACAUGUACAGCCCAGGAUACCAGAGUCAGCAUGGGUUCUGAUCCAACAUGUACAGCCCAGGAUACCAGAGUCAGCAUGGGUUCUGAUCCAACAUGUACAGCCCAGGAUACCAGAGUCAGCAUGGGUUCUGAUCCAACAUGUACAGCCUAGGAUACCAGAGUCACCAUGGGUUCUGAUCCAACAUGUACAGCCCAGGAUACCAGAGUCAGCAUGGGUUCUGAUCCAACAUGUACAGCCCAGGAUACCAGAGUCAGCAUGGGUUCUGAUCCAACAUGUACAGCCUAGGAUACCAGAGUCAGCAUGGGUUCUGAUCCAACAUGUACAGCCCAGGAUACCAGAGUCAGCAUGGUUCUGAUCCAACAUGUACAGCCCAGGAUACCAGAGUCAGCAUGGGUUCUGAUCCAACAUGUACAGCCCAGGAUACCAGAGUCAGCAUGGGUUCUGAUCCAACAUGUACAACCCUAGACUAAACCCUCUUACCUUUCCUGUCUCCGCUUCACUGUCUAAACCCUCUUACCUUUCCUGUCUCCGCUUCACUGUCUAAACCCUCUUACCUUUCCUGUCUCCUCUUCACUGUAAACCCUCUUACCUUCUCUGUCUCCUCUUCACUGUCUAAACCCUCUUACCUUUCCUGUCUCCGCUUCACUGUCUAAACCCUCUUACCUUUCCUGUCUCCGCUUCACUGUCUAAACCCUCUUACCUUCCCUGUCUCCUCUUCACUGUCUAAACCCUCUUACCUUCCCUGUCUCCUCUUCACUGUCUAAACUCUCUUACCUUCCCUGUCUCCUCUUCACUGUCUAAACCCUCUUACCUUCCCUGUCUCCUCUUCACUGUCUAAACCCUCUUACCUUCCCUGUCUCCGCUUCACUGUCUAAACCCUCUUACCUUCCCUGUCUCCGCUUCACUGUAAACCCUCUUACCUUCCCUGUCUCUGCUUCACUGUCUAAACCCUCUUACCUUCCCUGUCUCCUCUUCACUGUCUAAACCCUCUUACCUUCCCUGUCUCCUCUUCACUGUCUAAACCCUCUUACCUUCCCUGUCUCCUCUUCACUGUCUAAACCCUCUUACCUUCCCUGUCUCCGCUUCACUGUCUAAACCCUCUUACCUUCCCUGUCUCCGCUUCACUGUAAACCCUCUUACCUUCCCUGUCUCUGCUUCACUGUCUAAACCCUCUUACCUUUCCUGUCUCCUCUUCACUGUCUAAACCCUCUUACCUUCCCUGUCUCCUCUUCACUGUCUAAACCCUCUUACCUUCCCUGUCUCCUCUUCACUGUCUAAACCCUCUUACCUUUCCUGUCUCCUCUGUCUAAACCCUCUUACCUUCCCUGUCUCCUCUUCACUGUCUAAAACUCUUACCUUCCCUGUCUCCCCUUCACUGUCUAAACCCUCUUACCUUCCCUGUCUCCGCUUCACUGUCUAAACCCUCUUACCUUCCCUGUCUCCUCUUCACUGUCUAAACCCUCUUACCUUCCCUGUCUCCGCUUCACUGUCUAAACCCUCUUACCUUUCUUGUCACCGCUUCACUGUCUAAACCCUCUUACCUUUCCUGUCUCCUCUUCACUGUCUAAACCCUCUUACCUUUCCUGUCUCCUCUUCACUGUCUAAACCCUCUUACCUUCCCUGUCUCCUCUUCACUGUCUAAACCCUCUUACCUUCCCUGUCUCCUCUUCACUGUCUAAACCCUUUUACCUUCCCUGUCUCCUCUUCACUGUCUAAACCCUCUUACCUUCCCUGUCUCCGCUUCACUGUCUAAACCCUCUUACCUUUCUUGUCACCGCUUCACUGUCUAAACCCUCUUACCUUCCCUGUCUCCGCUUCACUGUCUAAACCCUCUUACCUUCCCUGUCUCCGCUUCACUGUCUAAACCCUCUUACCUUCCCUGUCUCCUCUUCACUGUCUAAACCCUCUUACCUUCCCUGUCUCCUCUUCACUGUCUAAACCCUCUUACCUUCCCUGUCUCCUCUUCACUGUCUAAACCCUCUUACCUUCCCUGUCUCCGCUUCACUGUCUAAACCCUCUUACCUUCCCUGUCUCCUCUUCACUGUCUAAACCCUCUUACCUUUCCUGUCACCUCUUCACUGUCUAAACCCUCUUACCUUCCCUGUCUCCUCUUCACUGUCUAAACCCUCUUACCUUUCCUGUCUCCUCUUCACUGUCUAAACCCUCUUACCUUCCCUGUCUCCUCUUCACUGUCUAAACCCUCUUACCUUCCCUGUCACCUAUCUCAAUAUAAAAAAUUAAAAACAUUAAUAAAAAGAAUAACAAAUACAUUAAAUGUAUCUACCUGCCACAUUGGUUGGGGAAACAAAAAGUUAAUUUCCCACCCUGGCUGUUGUGAUGAUGUCAUUGUAACGUUGUUCUGUACCUGCUGUGUGAUGACGUUGUGAUGUUAUAUUAUGGUUAUGUUGUGAUAACGUUGCAUUAUGGUUAUAUAGGGAGUGGCUGUACCUGCUGUGAUAACAUUGUAAUAACGUUGUAUUAUGGUUAUAUAGGGAGUGGCUGUACCUGCUGUGAUAACAUUGUAAUAACGUUGUGUUAUGGUUAUAUAGGGAGUGGCUGUACCUGCUGUGAUAACAUUGUAAUAACGUUGUGUUAUGGUUAUACAGGGAGUGGCUGAACCUGCUGGGAUAACAUUGUAAUAACGUUGUGUUAUGGUUAUAUAGGGAGUGGCUGUACCUGCUGUGAUAACAUUGUAAUAACGUUGUGUUAUGGUUAUACAGGGAGUGGCUGUACCUGCUGUGAUAACAUUGUAAUAACGUUGUAUUAUGGUUAUACAGGGAGUGGCUGUACCUGCUGUGAUAACAUUGUAAUAACGUUGGAUUAUGGUUAUAUAGGGAGUGGCUGUACCUGCUGUGAUAACAUUGUAAUAACGUUGUGUUAUGGUUAUACAGGGAGUGGCUGUACCUGCUGUGAUAACAUUGUAAUAACGUUGUAUUAUGGUUAUAUAGGGAGUGGCUGAACCUGCUGUGAUAACAUUGUAAUAACGUUGUGUUAUGGUUAUACAGGGAGUGGCUGUACCUGCUGUGAUAACAUUGUAAUAACGUUGUAUUAUGGUUAUAUAGGGAGUGGCUGUACCUGCUGUGAUAACAUUGUAAUAACGUUGUGUUAUGCUUAUACAGGGAGUGGCUGUACCUGCUGUGAUAACAUUGUAAUAACGUUGUAUUAUGGUUAUAUAGGGAGUGGCUGUACCUGCUGUGAUAACAUUGUAAUAACGUUGUAUUAUGGUUAUAUAGGGAGUGGCUGUACCUGCUGUGCCAUGAGAUGUUGAACCCGUACUAUGGCCUGUUCCAAUACUCAACAGACAACAUUUACACACUACAGAUCAACCCCGACUCCUCUGUCAACCCUGUGAGUACAUUUACACACUACAGAUCAACCCCGACUCCUCUCUCAACCCUGUGAGUACAUUUACACACUACAGAUCAACCCCGACUCCUCUCUCAACCCUGUGAGUACAUUUACACACUACAGAUCAACCCCGACUCCUCUGUCAACCCUGUGAGAACACACACACACACUACAGAUCAACCCCGACUCCUCUGUCAACCCUGUGAGUACAUUUACACACUACAGAUCAACCCCGACUCCUCUCUCAACCCUGUGAGUACAUUUACACACUACAGAUCAACCCCGACUCCUCUGUCAACCCUGUGAGUACAUUUACACACUACAGAUCAACCCCGACCUCUCUGUCAACCCUGUGAGUACAUUUACACACUACAGAUCAAACCCGACUCCUCUGUCAACCCUGUGAGUACAUUUACACACUACAGAUCAACCCCGACUCCUCUGUCAACCCUGUGAGUACAUUUACACACUACAGAUCAACCCCGACUCCUCUGUCAACCCUGUGAGUACAUUUACACACUACAGAUCAACCCCGACCCCUCUGUCAACCCCGUGAGUACACACACACUACAGAUCAACCCCGACUCCUCUGUCAACCCUGUGAGUACAUUUACACACUACAGAUCAACCCCGACUCCUCUCUCAACCCUGUGAGUACAUUUACACACUACAGAUCAACCCCGACUCCUCUGUCAACCCUGUGAGUACACACACACACACUACAGAUCAACCCCGACUCCUCUGUCAACCCUGUGAGUACAUUUACACACUACAGAUCAACCCCGACUCCUCUCUCAACCCUGUGAGUACAUUUACACACUACAGAUCAACCCCGACUCCUCUGUCAACCCUGUGAGUACAUUUACACACUACAGAUCAACCCCGACCUCUCUGUCAACCCUGUGAGUACAUUUACACACUACAGAUCAAACCCGACUCCUCUGUCAACCCUGUGAGUACAUUUACACACUACAGAUCAACCCCGACUCCUCUGUCAACCCUGUGAGUACAUUUACACACUACAGAUCAACCCGACUCCUCUGUCAACCCUGUGAGUACAUUUACACACUACAGAUCAACCCCGACUCCUCUGUCAACCCUGUGAGUACUGAUGAUGAUGGUGUGUGUGCAGGACCACCUGUCGUAUUUCCACUUCGUGGGUCGUGUGAUGGGCCUGGCAGUGUUCCAUAGUCACUAUAUCAACGGAGGCUUCACCCUACCCUUCUACAAGCAGCUGCUGGGGAAACCCAUUAUGCUCCAAGACCUGGAGACCACCGAUCCUGAACUACACAAGAGUCUGGUCUGGAUACUGUGAGUACCACACACACUAGUAAUUACACUAGCUGGAUACUGUGAGUACCACACACACUAGUAAUUACACUAGCUGGAUACUGUGAGUACCACACACACUAGUAAUUACACUAGCUGGAUACUGUGAGUACCACACACACUAGUAAUUACACUAGCUGGAUACUGUGAGUACCACACACACUAGUAAUUACACUAGCUGGAUACUGUGAGUACCACACACACUAGUAAUUACACUAGCUGGAUACUGUGAGUACCACACACACUAGUAAUUACACUAGCUGGAUACUGUGAGUACCACACACACUAGUAAUUACACUAGCUUUACUGAUCCUGAACUACACAAGAGUCUGGAUACUGUGAGUACCACACACACUAGUAAUUACACUAGCUGGAUACUGUGAGUACCACACACACUAGUAAUUACACUAGCUGGAUACUGUGAGUACCACACACACUAGUAAUUACACUAGCUGGAUACUGUGAGUACCACACACACUAGUAAUUACACUAGCUGGAUACUGUGAGUACCACACACACUAGUAAUUACACUAGCUGGAUACUGUGAGUACCACACACACUAGUAAUUACACUAGCUGGAUACUGUGAGUACCACACACACUAGUAAUUACACUAGCUUUACUGACCCUGAACUACACAAGAGUCUGGAUACUGUGAGUACCACACACACUAGUAAUUACACUAGCUGGAUACUGUGAGUACCACACACACUAGUAAUUACACUAGCUGGAUACUGUGAGUACCACACACACUAGUAAUUACACUAGCUGGAUACUGUGAGUACCACACACACUAGUAAUUACACUAGCUGGAUACUGUGAGUACCACACACACUAGUAAUUACACUAGCUGGAUACUGUGAGUACCACACACACUAGUAAUUACACUAGCUUUACUGAUCCUGAACUACAUAAGAGUCUGGAUACUGUGAGUACCACACACACUAGUAAUUACACUAGCUGGAUACUGUGAGUACCACACACACUAGUAAUUACACUAGCUGGAUACUGUGAGUACCACACACACUAGUAAUUACACUAGCUGGAUACUGUGAGUACCACACACACUAGUAAUUACACUAGCUGGAUACUGUGAGUACCACACACACUAGUAAUUACACUAGCUGGAUACUGUGAGUACCACACACACUAGUAAUUACACUAGCUGGAUACUGUGAGUACCACACACACUAGUAAUUACACUAGCUUUACUGAUCCUGAACUACAUAAGAGUCUGGAUACUGUGAGUACCACACACACUAGUAAUUACACUAGCUGGAUACUGUGAGUACCACACACACUAGUAAUUACACUAGCUUUACUGAUCCUGAACUACAUAAGAGUCUGGAUACUGUGAGUACCACACACACUAGUAAUUACACUAGCUGGAUACUGUGAGUACCACACACACUAGUAAUUACACUAGCUUUACUGAUCCUGAACUACACAAGAGUCUGGAUACUGUGAGUACCACACACACUAGUAAUUACACUAGCUGGAUACUGUGAGUACCACACACACUAGUAAUUACACUAGCUGGAUACUGUGAGGACCACACACACUAGUAAUUACACUAGCUGGAUACUGUGAGGACCACACACACUAGUAAUUACACUAGCUUUACUGAUCCUGAACUACACAAGAGUCUGGAUACUGUGAGUACCACACACACUAGUAAUUACACUAGCUGGAUACUGUGAGUACCACACACACUAGUAAUUACACUAGCUGAAAACUGUGAGUACCACACACACUAGUAAUUACACUAGCUUUACUGAUCCUGAACUACACAAGAGUCUGGAUACUGUGAGUACCACACACACUAGUAAUUACACUAGCUUUACUGAUCCUGAACUACACAAGAGUCUGGAUACUGUGAGUACCACACACCUAGUAAUUACACUAGCUGGAUACUGUGAGUACCACACACACUAGUAAUUACACUAGCUGGAUACUGUGAGUACCACACACACUAGUAAUUACACUAGCUGGAUACUGUGAGUACCACACACACUAGUAAUUACACUAGCUGGAUACUGUGAGUACCACACACACUAGUAAUUACACUAGCUGGAUACUGUGAGUACCACACACACUAGUAAUUACACUAGCUUUGUGCCAGUAUAGUUUCUGGGUAUUACAAUGUUAUCUCUGUGUGUGUGUGUGUGUGUGUGUGUGUGUGUGUGUGUGUGUGUGUGUGUAGGGAGAAUGACAUCUCGUCGGUUCUAGAUCAUACGUUCUGCGUAGAACACAGUGCCUUCGGGAAGUUUCUUCAACAUGAGCUGAAACCCAACGGGCGCAACCUCCCGGUAACCGAGGACAACAAAAAGGAGUAUGUCAAGCUUUAUGUCAACUGGAGGUUUAUGAGGGGGAUAGAGGCUCAGUUCUUAGCUCUGCAGAAAGGAUUCAGCGAACUGAUCCCUCAACACCUCCUCAAACCAUUUGACCACAAGGAGCUAGAGGUACGGACCUGUCUGUCUGGCUGGCCUGUCUGUCUGUCUGUCUGUCUGUCUGUCUGUCUGGCAUGACUGUCUGUCUGUUAUACCUGUCUGUCUGUCUGGCAUGACUGUCUGUCUGUUAUACCUGUCUGGCUGUCUUUCUGUUAUACCUGCCUCUCUCUCUCUAGUUGAUAAUCGGAGGCCUGUCUAACGCUCUCCCCCUGUCUCUCUCUCUAGUUGAUAAUCGGGGGCCUGUCUAACUCUCUCCCCCUGUCUCUCUCUCUAGUUGAUAAUCGGGGGCCUGUCUAACUCUCUCCCCCUGUCUCUCUCUCUAGUUGAUAAUCGGGGGCCUGUCUAACUCUCUCUCUCCCCCUGUCUCUCUCUCUAGUUGAUAAUCGGAGGCCUGUCUAACGCUCUCCCCCUGUCUCUCUCUCUAGUUGAUAAUCGGGGGCCUGUCUAACUCUCUCCCCCUGUCUCUCUCUCUAGUUGAUAAUCGGAGGCCUGUCUAACUCUCUCCCCCUGUCUCUCUCUCUAGUUGAUAAUCGGAGGCCUGUCUAACUCUCUCUCUCCCCCUGUCUCUCUCUCUAGUUGAUAAUCGGAGGCCUGUCUAACUCUCUCUCUCCCCCUGUCUCUCUCUCUCUCUAGUUGAUAAUCGGAGGCCUGUCUAACUCUCUCUCUCCCCCUGUCUCUCUCUCUAGUUGAUAAUCGGGGGCCUGUCUAACUCUCUCCCCCUGUCUCUCUCUCUCUAGUUGAUAAUCGGAGGCCUUGGGAAGAUAGACCUCCCAGAUUGGAAGUCCAACACCCGUCUGAAGCACUGUGCUGUAGACAGUAAUGUGGUCCGCUGGUUCUGGGAGGCUGUAGAGAGCUUCACUGAGGAGAGGAGAGGACGGUUACUGCAGUUUGUUACCGGUUCCACCAGAGUUCCACUACAGGGAUUCAAGGCCCUACAGGGUGGGUCGCACACACACGCACGCACGCACGCACGCACGCACACACACACACACACACCCCGCAUUAUGCACUAUUAACAAAGAACAGUGAUAACUAGAAUGUGAGUGUGUUCUAGAACAGUGAUAACUAGAAUGUGUGUGUGUUCUAGAACAGUGAUAACUAGAAUGUCUGUGUUCUAGAACAGUGAUAACUAGAAUGUGUGUGUAUUCUAGAACAGUGAUAACUAGAAUGUGUGUGUGUAAGGUUCUACAGGGUCAGCAGGUCCAAGGCUGUUCACCAUCCAUCUGAUAGAGGCCAACACAGACAACCUACCCAAGGCACACACA